AUGGCCGCGACGUACCCGUACACUGUUUAUCGUGGCACGUUCGUUCAACUUCCCCGGCUCAACUCGAGCUCCACGAAGCCCGAGCUGGCUCGUACCCAAGGUGCUCUCUGGGUCGGUGAUGACGGCCGCAUCAAGGGCUAUGACUGGACUGUUCAAGAUGAUGCGAGCUUUAAGUCGUUCCUUUCCAGCCACAGUUGGACCGAUGCCGAUGCAGGCAGUGGAAAUGCGAAGGCAACCAAAGUGAAGGUUGUGAAGUCGAACGAUGACCGAAAUGAGUUCUUCUUCCCCGGUUUCAUUGGUACGUAUAAACCGUGUCAAUCAGGUGUGCCGGGGCUAAUAGUACUUCCAGACACUCACAUCCAUGCUCCUCAGUUCCCUAACAUCGGACUUUUCGGAUCUUCCGGUCUGCUGGACUGGUUGAACGAGUAUACCUUCCCAAUGGAAGCUAGUUUCGGCUCGAAGUCUGACCCAAAGAACCAACAAACCGACCCGAAGAAGACACCCCCGGAAGGCCUACGCGUCUACGACCAAGUUGUCGCCCGCACCCUCGCUCACGGCACAACGUGCGCAUCAUACUUUGCAACAAUCCAUGUUCCCGCAACGAAUGCGCUCGCGGCACUAUGCCACUCCCACGGGCAACGCGCAUUCAUUGGCCGUGUCUGCAUGGACAACAAAGAUCAAUGCCCCUCCUACUACGUUGACCAGUCAGCUGAACAGGGUCUCAAUGCUACAAAGUCGACGAUCGACUAUAUCCACACCCUUGAUCCAAAGGGCACUUUGAUCAACCCCAUCAUCACCCCACGAUUUGCUCCCAGUUGCUCCAAGGAAUCCCUUGCUGGUCUCGGCAAGCUUGCAGCCUCGUACACACCGGCUUUGCAUAUCCAAACGCAUAUUUCGGAGUCAACUUCUGAAGUCGAGCUCGUUCAGCAACUCUUCCCCGACUCGACCAGCUACGCCGAUGUCUACGAUAAAGCCAACCUCCUGACGAACCGAACAAUCCUCGCCCAUGGUGUUCACCUGACGAAAGAAGAGCUCAGCCUAAUUCGCACACGAGGCUCCAAAGUCGCACACUGUCCCGCCUCCAACUCGGCUCUGGGCUCUGGGCUCGCGCCCGUGCGCUACAUGCUCGAUCAAGGCGUCACAGUCGGAUUGGGUACCGACGUCAGCGGUGGCUAUAGCCCCAGCAUCCUGGAAGCUGCGCGACAAGCCAGCCUGAUCUCUCGACUUGUCCAAUACAGUUCGGAGUACCAGGACAAGACUGGUAAUAAGACCUCGGACGGAAGUGAGAAGUUAACUGUUGACGAGGCUCUGUACCUUGCUACUCGGGGUGGUGCCGCGGUUGUUGAUAAGGCAGAUGACUUGGGUGGCUUCGACAAGGGAAUGAUUUGGGAUGCGCAGCUUGUUGAGCUAGGAGCUGUGCGGAAUAGUACCAAGAGCCCGCUUGACACCUCGGCUACCAAUGGUAUUGUCUCGCGUGCUGUCGUGACAGGCACUGUCGGUAAUGUGGAUCUUUUCGGGGAUGAAACCUGGCAGGAGCAGAUUCAGAAGUGGAUGUGGAGCGGCGAUGAUCGCAACGUGAAGAACGUCUGGGUCCAAGGCAAGCUGGUGCACACCAGGAAAUAG